AUUAUGGGACCUGAGAAUUGAAUUGGAGCGAGAAAUUGUCCCACACUAAUAUCCCAUUUGUCGGUGCGUAACCAAUGGUAACCAAUUCUCGUUCGGUGUUUGUUAUUUCCUCCCAGCGCAAAAUUUUUCACGUUUUUCACAAUGUUGAGAGCGGCGGACAUUAAAAAAUUGGAACUCGAAUGCCUGGAAAAAAUCCAGGGCGAUGAGCUGUACCAGCUACGGAAUGAUGCGAAGCUGAGGGCCGUUUACGCCGCUAAGAAUUACGAUGAGUUUAGGGAUAUUGUCGAUGCAGCACAUUUGAAUCCGGUGAGCUCGCAGGACAAGAGAAACGCCAACACUAAACAGCGGCUGUGGAAUUCUGUUUCGAAAACAUAGAUUUGUGUAAAUGAUGUGUUGAAUAAAAUUUGAUUCAUAAUGGGGUUUCGAUGCUGUAA